ACACAUAACUCGACUUCCGCUUCCUCGGACAUGGAUGUUUCUGCGCUCGUCUCUCAUAUCAUCACUCAGACGCGCCAAAAUGUCGAAUUUCUUAUGUCGCAGAAUCAUAUCAGUCCUUCUGAAGGCCGAGAAAUACUUGCCAGACUUCCCAACACACAGAGUGCGAACAGAACCUUCAUGACUUCACCUCCUCCAGGAGGACAGCUGGUCCGAGGCAGAGCACUCUGGGGAUACAAUGAGAACUCGCAGAAUCCGAAUGACCUAGCGUUUCGUGCCGGAGAUGAGAUUGAAAUCUUGUCGGAGAAUAAUCCAGACUGGUGGACUGGCCGUCACAAUGGCAGACAAGGGUUGUUCCCGUCGAACUACGUGGAAAAGCGACCAGGCGGCGGCGGCACUUAUCCUCCUCAGGGUCGAGACGGAUACUCGAACAUGCCAAUCUAUCAACCACCUCCACCUCCCGGUCCAGCGAACAACGGAUAUCCGGGAGGAUAUGGACCCGGAUACCAAGCAGGUCAACCUCCUGCUCCGUACAUGCCCUAUGGGGCGCCUGCACCUAUUCCUCCUGCACCUAUUCCACCAGCCUCUGCCCCACCGGAACUUCCACCGAAGCAAAGCAAAUUCGGAGGGCUUGGAGCCACGCUUGCGAAUUCGGCAGUGGGCGGCCUUGGUUUUGGUGCUGGUAGUGCAAUCGGAGGAGACAUCGUUCAUGCUAUAUUUUGAACAGACAGUUGUUGUUACACCAUACGGAAUGAGAUACAUAUCUAUAGAUUACAAAACAAGAAACAGACACGGGUCAAAGGCAAGAAAGAGAUCAAAUUCUCUUGCCCUUCCGGGGGUUGGUGCCUG